AUGGAGACGGACCGCAGUUGGAUGUACAGGAGCCACACAAACGGGCUUCUAACCACAGGCUAUAAGGAGCAUGUGAAGGAGUUUGUCCGGUUUGCAUUACGGCAUCCGGCUUGUAUGAGCGGGGUACAGAUAAAAUGCCCCUGCCCUAAGAGAGGUUGUCGAAAUACAAGCUAUCGGGAUGUUGAUGAGGUGGAAUUCCAUCUAUUGAAGAAUGGGUUCGUGAAAGGGUACCAAGUAUGGGUUUUUCAUGGCGAGGGGAGCGUUUUGAACCCCCCUCCCCUUGCACAGUUACCAGAGCAGGAUGUUGAGUUCGACUAUGAAGAUGAGGGGCCAGGUGAGUUCAGUUCCGCUCAAAGAAUGAUUCUUGAUGCGGUCGGUCCACAAAUAACGUUUCCUGAAGAUGAGCUCCCGAAUGCUGAAGCUCAAAAAUUUUAUGAUAUGAUGCGUGCGGCUGAAGAAGACAUAUGGCCUGGGAAUAGCAGACACUCUCCAUUUUCUGCAUCUGCUAAAGUGAUGGAGAUCAAGUGUCGACAUAAGGGUUCAGUAGCUUUAGUUGACGACGUAUGCGGAUUGAUACAGGAGCUGCUCCCGGAGGACAACAAGAUGCCAACGAAUUUUGCUAAAAUUAAGAAGCUGGUCAAAGGUUUGGGGUUGCCGGUUGAGGUUAUUGACUGUUGUUUUUAUAACUGUAUGAUUUAUUGGGGGGAGGACGCGGAUCUAACGCACUGCAAAGUUUGCAAUUAUGCGCGGUGGAAACCUGUGACCCACGGAAAAUCCACAAAAAGAAAGGCUAACGUGCCAUAUAGUAAAAUGUUCUAUUUUCCAAUAACUCCGAGGCUACAGAGGUUGUACGCUUCGAAAGCCACUGCUCGGCAUAUGACGUGGCACGCAGACCACGAGAUGGAUGGUGAUAAGAUGUGCCACCCGUCCGACUCUCCGGCUUGGAAACGUUUUAGUGAACUGCAUUCUGAGUUUGCCGAUGAAGGGAGAAAUAUCAGAUUAGGCUUAUGCUCCGAUGGGUUUCAGCCAUUUCCCAAUUUUGGGCAGCAGUAUUCCUCGUGGCCGGUCAUUUUGACGCCGUACAAUCUCCCCCCAGGCAUGUGCAUGAAGGAUGAGUUUAUGUUUUUAACGGUUUUGGUACCGGGGCCUAGAAACCCAAAACACCUAAUGGAUAUCUUCCUACAGCCGCUGAUUGCAGAGUUGAACCAACUGUGGGAAUGUGGAGUCCAGACAUAUGACGUUCAUAAGCGUCAGAAUUUUCAACUAAAAGCGGCUCUUAUGUGGACAAUAAAUGACUUUCCCGCUUAUUCUAUGUUGUCUGGUUGGAGCACUGCUGGUAGAAAAGCAUGCCCGUACUGCAUGGAAAACACCGAUGCAUUCACACUGGAUAAAAGCGGUAAACAAUCGUGGUUUGAUUGCCAUCGCAAGUUUUUGCCUCCGAAUCACCAAUUCCGUCGAAAUGUUACUGAUUUCCGUAAGGGGAAACGAGAGGUCGGGAAAAGGUUUGCAGGGGUGAGAACUGGAGAUGAACUGUUAGCAGAGAUUGAUCGACUGGGGUUUAAGAAGGCAUUUGAGCCUGGUGCGAAAGUUACUAAUGCAUUACUGUCAAAAGAUCAUGGGUGGAAUAAAAAAAGUAUCUUUUGGGAUUUGCCUUAUUGGAGAACGAAUGUAAUACGUCACAAUCUCGAUGUCAUGCACAUUGAGAAAAAUGUCUUCGAUAACAUUUUUAAUACCGUUCUCAAUGUCCCCGGGAAAACAAAAGACCAUGCAAAAUCUCGUGAAGAGUUGAACGACAUCUGUGAUCGGCCAGGGUUAGCUAAAGAUCCGGCAACUAGGAGAUUUCCAAAGGCAAUGUAUGCUUUGGAUAGGGAUUCAAAACGAGUUUUGCUUGAGUGGAUUCAGAAAAUAAAGUUUCCAGACGGGUACGCGUCAAACUUGUCUAGAUGUGUUGAUCUAAAGGGGCUGAAAAUGCAUGGAAUGAAAAGUCAUUACUGCCAUGUUUUUAUGCAACGACUCCUGCCAAUCGCUCUUCGGGAGCUACUUCCGAAAAAUGUGUGGGAGCCUCUAACAGAGUUAAGUAUCUUCUUCAGGGAGUUAACUUCCACGUCACUGUCACAGGAAGAUCUAAACCGUAUGGAAACUGAGAUCCCAAAAAUCCUGUGUAAGUUGGAACGCAUAUUUCCACCCAGCUUUUUUGACUCUAUGGAGCAUCUUCCCGUGCAUCUUCCGUAUGAAGCUAUGAUGGCAGGACCGGUUCAGUAUCGCUGGAUGUAUCCAUUUGAAAGAUAUUUGAGGAAAUUGAAAAAAAAGGUCACUAAUAAAGGCAGGGUCGAAGGGAGCAUUAGUAGUGGAUAUCUGCAAGAAGAAAUCGCUAAACUUGCAUCCUAUUAUUUUGCUGAAGGCGAUCCGAUGUUACCCGUGCGUUUGGGAAGAAAUGAAACUUGUGAUAUGGAUAUCGAUGAAGAUGCCGACAGACUGGGAAUUUUUAAACCUAAGGGAAAGCCGUUGCGUGGUAGCGGCAGGAGAUAUCUUGAAGACGAUGAGAUCAUCGCUGCUCGGACCUAUGUUCUUCUGAAUUGUUCCGAAAUCGAAGAUUAUCGAAGGUAA